AGGCGCGCGCAGCCCGCGUCCGCGCGCGCGCGCCUCGGAUGCGCGUGCACAAGCACGUGUGCGCGCACACCAAUUGUGAGCACGCCCAGGAACACCCCGUUGAUGCGCUCUGCGCGCACACGUGCACUGCGGGGAGGGCAACAAGGCAGAGCUGGGGGCAUGGGAUGGAGCCCAGUGGGGGUCCUGCACCCAGCGGGGUCCCCCAGGGGUGGGUACUGGGACCAGUGCUGUUUAAUGUAUUUGUCGGUGACGCGGGUGAGGGCAUGGAGUGUGCUGCCACCAAGCUUGCUGCUGACACAAAGCUGGGAGGAGUCGAGCUGCCGUCCAGCAGGAACUCAACAGGCUGGAGAGCUGGGCGGGGAGAAAUUACGGAAAUAUAACGAGGGCAAGUGCAGAGUGCUGCAUCUGGGUGAGAACAACCCCAGACACCAGCGUGAGUUGGGGAUGGCCCUGCUGGAGAGCAGUGAAGGGGAGAGGGAGCUGGGGGUCCUGGUGGGCAGCAGGAUGGCCAUGAGCCAGCACCGUGCCCUUGUGAGCAAGAAGGCCGAUGGCAUCCCGGGGUGUAGCAGAAGGGAUGUGGUUAGCAGGUCGAGAGAGGUUCUCCUCCUCCUGGUGACAACAUCUGGAGUGUUGCAUCCAGCUGUGGGCCCCUCGGUUCAAGGACAGGAACUGCUUGAGAGAGUCCAGCACAGAGCCACGAGGGUGAUUAAGGGAGUGGAGCAUCUCCCUUACAAGGAGAGGCUGAGGGAGCUUGGAGAGGAGGCGGCUGAGGGGUGACCUUAUCAACGUUUAUAAAUGUGUAAAGGGUGAGUGUCAGGAGGACGGAGCCAGGCUCUUCUCGGUGACACACAAUGAUAGGACAAGGAGCAAUGGGUGCAAGCUGGAACAUUGGAGGUUCUGCUUAAAUAUGAGACGAAACUUCUUUAUGGUGAGGGUGACAGAACACAGGGACAGGCUGCCCAGGGGGGUUGUGGAGCCUCCUUCUCUGCUGACUUUCAAAACCCACCUGGACGUGUUCCUGUGUGACCUGACCUUGGUGUUCCAGCCCCGCCAGGAGGAUGAUUGGACUAGAUGAUGUCUCAAGGUCGCUUCCAAUCCCUAAUAUUCUGUGAUGCUGCGCUUCUGCGUAACCCUGCGCACACACUGAUAACGCGCACACAAACACCGCGCACACAGCAGACGCAGGGCAGGCUGUGCACACACACACACACACACACACACACACACACACACACACAACGCGCGUGUGUGCAGCCGUGUGCGCGCCCCCCCCGCACCUCCCGCACGGCGCCGCGUGCACGCGCAGCCGCACGUAGCGCACCCGGCCACACGGGCUGCGCGCACCGGGGGAGGGGGCGCCGCUCCCGGUCCCCGGGGGAAUUGGGGAGGGGAGGGAGGGGGGGGGGACCGGGACGCGGGGCGGGGGCGGCGCUGACAUCGCGGGGAGCGCCGCCAGGUGAGAGCAGCGGCGGCGGCGGCGGCGGCGGCCGGGGGGGUGGCGGGGAGGGGGCGCGGAGCCCGGCGGCGGCCGGUGCCGGUGCCGGAGGGCGCCGUGGCUCUGCCGCAGAUGGAGCCGGCCCGGCGGGGCAGCGCGGAGCUGGGCUCGGCCGCCCUCGGUCCUCGGCCCGUCUCCCCGCGGAGCCCCGCGCCCUCCGCCGCCGCCGCUUCCCCUGCGCUGCUCGUCCCCGACAGCACGGCCCCGCCGGCCUCGGGCCCCGGCGGCCGCGGCUCCGGUGCGCGGAGAUGCUCCCGGCCCGAUGCCGCCUUGGAGGCUCUCUCCUGCGGAUCGCCGCGCUCGCAGCCCGAGGGGGCUCAGCACGGCUGCGGGCGGCCCGAGGAGAGGGUCCCCGGCCGGGCAGCCCAGCCCCUAUCGCUGGACGUCGGUAGGGCCCCGGCGGAUGGGGCUGGGGUCCCGCAGAUGUUCCCGCUGCCGACCUUGCUGUCCCCGGUGGAGCGCCGGCCGCUGUCCCCAGGCUCGGGCAUCCCCCUGGCCCGUGCCGCUGCGUUGUCGCCGGUGAAGCCGAGCCAGUCGCCGAGCUGGUCAUCCUUCCCAGAACUCAGCCCCGUGGACCGAGCUGCCCCCGGGAAGGCGCUGUCUGCGGAGCGGAGAGAGGCACUGCCCAAAGCGGAGUCCAGCGACCACAUCUCGGCCUGGGCAGGCUCAUCCCCCAGAGCCCUCGGUCUGCCCAAGGCCGUCUCCAGCGAGUUCAUCGCCACAGGACACGUCGGCCUGUCCAAGCCCGGGACCCUUGCCAAGGCAGAACCGGAUGAGUUCACCCUGUUCGGGAGGUCUGGGCCAUCUCUUGGCCUGCCGAGUGCCAGCAACUCCUCCGAUGCUCUCCUGGACUGUGUGGGAAGGGCGACAGCGGACGGCUCGUUCCGCAUCACUGUGGUCACCUGGAACGUGGGCACAGCCAUGCCCCCGAACGAUGUGACAUCGCUCCUGCAUCUCAACACGGGCGAGACAAAUGAUGUAGACAUGAUCGCCAUCGGGCUGCAGGAGGUGAACUGCAAGAUAAACAAGCGCCUGAAGGAUGCCCUGUUCACAGAUCAGUGGAGCGAGCUAUUCAUGGAUGUCCUGAGCCCCUUCCACUUUGUGCUGGUCAGCACAGUGCGGAUGCAAGGCGUGAUCCUACUCGUGUUUGCCAAGUACUACCAUCUCCCCUUCCUGCAGGACAUCCAGACGGACUGCACCCGCACGGGGCUGGGCGGCUACUGGGGCAACAAGGGUGGGGUGAGCGUCCGUCUCUCCAUCUUCGGCCACAUGGUCUGCUUCCUCAACUGCCACCUGCCAGCGCACCUGGAGAAGGCGGAGCAGCGCAAGGAGGACUUCGCCACCAUCCUGCACAUGCAGCAGUUUGAGGGACGUGCAGCCAGCGGCAUCUUGGACCAUGACCUCGUCUUCUGGUUUGGGGACCUCAACUUUCGCAUAGAGAGCCUCGAUAUCCGCUUCGUCAAGUACGCCAUCGACAGCAACAUGCUGAACCAGCUCUGGGAGAAGGACCAGCUGAACAUUGCCAAAAGCACUUGGCCUGUCCUGACCGGCUUCCAGGAGGGACCCCUCAACUUCCCACCCACCUUCAAGUUCGAUGUGGGCACCAACAAAUAUGACAGCAGGCAAGAGAUGCCCCCCUCUGUGCCCUGCAGUGCCAAGAAGCGAAAACCAGCCUGGACUGACCGCAUCCUCUGGAAGAUCAAAUCUCCCAGCAUCGGGCUCGGUGCAGGUGGAUGCCAGCCCAGCCGGGGCAUCCUGUCGGUGAGCCAGCUCUGCUACUGCAGCCACAUGGAAUACACGGUCAGCGACCACAAGCCGGUAGCUGCUAUCUUUGCAGUGCAGUUUGCUUCCAAGGCAGACAAGCCUCCGGUGGAGAUUUACGUGGCUGAUGAGUGGAAUAGGCCUGAGCAAGCAGUUGUCAAGUACAAGGUGGCUGCUGGCUUCCACCGGAGCUCCUGGGACUGGAUAGGCCUCUACCGGGUUGGGUUUCGGCAUCCUAAAGACUACGUGUCCUACGUCUGGGCCAGGAGCGAUGAUGGAGAGCGCUUCAUCGAGAAGCAGCUGUGUGCACAGGUGCUGUUCUCAGAGGAGGCACUGCCCAAGGGGAAAGGCGAGUACAUCCUCGGGUACUACAGCAACACCUCCAGCAGCAUUGCAGGGGUGACGGAGCCCUUCCAGAUCUCCAUGCCCAGGUCAGAGGAGGGCAGCAGCCCCACAGACAGCUCGGGCAGCAGCUCGGAAGAGGAGGAUGACAGCACCCUUGUCCUGCUGGCCCCCAAAUCCCGCAGCCCCAGCCCAGGCAAGAUGAAACGGCACCGGAGCCGAAGCCCUAGCCUGGCCAAAUUCCAGGGCCUCAUCCUGCGGCCAUCAAGCCGGGACAGGGGCACCAGUCGCAGCCCCUCACCCCAGAGCCGUCGAGGCCUCCCUGGGGACAUCCCCACCAUCCACCUGCCCCAGGAGGAGCCAGGGCACCGCGGAGCCAAAGCCAAGGAAGCGGGGCAGGUGGCUGACAGCCAGGAGGGCAGCUUGGGCUCCUUUUACCAGACUGUGCGGGAGCAGCGCGCCUCCCGCUGCAUCUCUGCCGACAACGCCCUGGCCAGGGCCGACCCCAGGAACCUGGGCCUGCUGCCUGCACUGCGCCUGGAGAUGAUCGACCAGGCUUUGGGCAAACAGAGGGAGAGCUCAGAGCAGGGCCCUCCCUGCCGGAGGGUAAGCCCUACAAGCCCCCCAGGAGCUCCUUAUGGCACCUCUGCGAAGGAAGGGAGCAGCCCCUGGGAGCGAGACAGCAGCCAUAGAUGUGCCACGGGCCACUAAUGCAGCAACCCCUUCCCCCGUAGCGCGCUUGCUGUGUGCUUUCCUUUGCCACUUCCCUGCUGAGAUGUCCCUCUCCCUUAUUUAUUGCGGUGACAGGCCUCUGCCCUCCUGCUGCCUGCCUGCCCCUGCUCCCCGCGGCCUGGAGCUGCUGCCCUCCCGGGGCUGCGAGGGGGGCAGAGGGGAGGGGAAGGCUGGUCCAGGAUGGGGUUGGCAGGGGAGUAUUGGCCAAGGGAAGCCCCUGCGAGGUUCAAAGGUGCGAGUGUUGGGCUGUCAGGCAGGAGGGCAGGCCUGAGGAGGGGCAGGGACAAGCGCUGGAGGCGGUUUUUGAACUCCUUUUUGAGCGAGGCCUAGCCCCAGGGCGCAGUGCUGCUGUGGGUACCCCAGAGAGCGGAGCGUGCUUCUUUCCUGCCACUACCACUGUGCCUCAGGCUUGGACGUAGCGUGAGCAACACAAUAAAACCAUCCUGCCUGCCCCA